AUUCGAAAUUGUAAACAAGUUGUUCGUGCUGUUGUUCUGUUGUCCGGAUAUAUGAAAUUAAACCAGAAAAUAUGAUGCAAUUCAAUUUUCAUGACCCGAGUUUGGUCUUGAAAAAUGCUAAGGAAGAACAGAUAAAUUACUCGCACCCUGUCAAUGCUAAGUGUCUUGAUUCAGAUGGUGAUUUGGCUACGAUGAUAAUAGAAAAAGAAAGACGAUAUGCUGCUGAAUCGAAUUGUGAAAUGCUGUUACAGGAACUUGAGUCAAGAGAAGCAUAUCUUCAAGAUUUAAAAAAUUCACUUUUUAAACGUGUGGAAGUAGCAGAAUAUCAAAUGAACAAACUUAUUUCCUUAAGGAAUGAAGAAACAGAAGAGGCUCAGAAAGCCAGUAAAAUAUUACGUUCCAGCAUAGCCAAACUAAGAGAACGCUUUAUAAUAGACAAAAAAGAGCUUGAAAACAAGAUAUGUUCCAUUCAAGACACCUACGAAGGUCGAAUCACAGAACUGAAUAACAUAUUAAGACAAUCAGAGAAAAACCGUGAAGAUUUGUUUGCAAAAUUUAAAACAUCGGAAUUCACAAUUCAAAAGUUAAAUAAAGAAAUUGCGAAUGGUAAGAACGAAUUAAAAGACUCAAUGCGUCGCAUUGCUCAUCUUCAACAGAUUAAUUGUGACCUAUCCAAUGAGUUGGCUAAGUCCAAGUUAACUGUCCAAAAAACUUCAGCCCGUGCGGAGAACUUGGCAAAACAAUACAACGAAUUAAGAUGUAAAACUGAACAAGCAAAUGCUAAUUUAACUCAAAAUGAAAAAGCUGUACGAACUGCGUCUGAAAGACGUUCAUCAGCUGAAAAUGCAUUAAUUGCUGCACAUCAGCGAGCUGAUAAUUUAUGUACACGUAAUACACAGUUGGAAAAUGAAUUAACUACUAUUAAAGUUCGUGCUGAAGAACAAGCAAAAGUGAAUGAUACAACUGUGACAAAACUCAAACGUCGUUUACUUGCUAUUCAAAGUGAAGCUUCAAAAUGGAAACGAUCUUAUCAGGAGGAAAAAAAUAAUCGUGAUCUAGAUUCACAAAAAGCAAAUGAAUUAAUUCAAACUAUUUUAGAUGAACGUAAUUAUUUAGAAAAAGAAUUAAAUUCAACAAAGAAUGAUAUGAAAGAACAUGUUUUAUUAAUUGAACAUUUACAAAAACAAGCUGCUUUUGAUGCAUCCAAUGCAUCAACACGUUUAUUAGCUGCUUUAUCAACUGGUGAAGAAGGUGUAGCCACAGCGUUAGAAUUAAAACAAUGCAUUGAGCAACAUUUACAACCAGAAUUAAAAUCUUUAAUAGAAAAAUGUAAACAUUUGGAGUCCGAACUCAUGGAAUCAAAUAGUAAAAAUGAACAAUUACAACAAGAAUUAAACAAAGCCAAUCAAACUAUUGAACAUACAGAAUUAAAUUUAAACAAACAAAAUGAUAAUUUUGUAAAUGAAUUAAAUUUAUUGAAAGAGCAAAUUUCAAAAGCAAAUGAACAAAUAAACAUUAAAUCAAAAUUAUUAGAAAAAUCAGAAAACCAGAUAGAACAAUAUCAAUCAGAAUUGAAUAGUUUACGUACAUCUAAAGCUGAUAUUAAUGAAUCAACGAUAGAAGAAUUAAAAAAUAUGACAAAAGAAUUAAAUGAUUUAAAAUUAACUCAUACAAUUGUACAAAAACAAUUACAUACUAAUCAACGUAUAAUGAGUAAAUUAAAAUUAGCUAAAACUACAGCAUUAACUAAUUAUGAUAAAUUACAAAUUGAAUUAAAAAAUAAAUGUGAUAAUUAUGAAAAACAAUUAAAUGAAAAAUCUAAUGAAAUUCAACGUACACGACAAAAAUUAAAACAAAUUGAAAUGAAAUUACAAGAAGCGAAUAAUAAAUAUGAAAACCUUAUGGAGGAAUCUAAUAAUCAAUUAUGUUUCAGUCAAAAUGUCAUCAAACAGCUAGAAAAUACAAUGAUGAAUCAAAAUAAUCAAAUUACAAAAAUUAAUGAAAUGGAAUUAAAAAUAACUGAAUUGAAUAGUUUACUAGCAGAAUCUGAAUUACGUUUAAAAUCUGCUAAUACAACACAGGAAUUAAAUGAUCAACGAUAUAAUGAAUUAGAAAUUUGUUUCAAUCAAUUAAAAAUCAAAUUGAAUGAACGUGAAAAUUUGAUUAAAUUUUUGGAAAAUGAAAUUCAAAGUAAAACUAGUUUAUUUGACGAAAAAUCAAAAGAAUAUGAAUUACUUAAAGCAACAGUUGACCAACAACUUGCUAAUUCAAAUAAAACAGUAGAAUUUUCAACCAAUUUACAUAAAGAAAUUGAAAUACAAAAAUCUAAACUGGAAGAACAUAACAGUCGACUUCAACAAGAGUUGUUAGAAGUUCAAAAAAUGAAUCGACAAUUACAAUUAGAUAUUCGGGAUUUAGAGACUAAGUUAUUGGAACAAAAUCAUGAUCAAACGAAUCAAAUAUCUGCGUAUAAUGAAACCAAAUACCAAUUAAAAGUGCUAACUGAGAAGUUUAAUACUCAAACAAAACUGUUGGAUGAUACAAAACUAAAUGUUGAUGCAUUGACCAAGGAGAAACAGUUACUUCUUGAACAAAUUGAACUUGAUAAACAAAAACAUAAACAAUUAGAGCAACGACUUCAGAAUGAAUCAAAAUCACAUGAAGACUUAAAAACUAUUCUUACUAAUCAAAUUUCAGAUUUGAAUACAAAGUUAUACGACACUGAAAAACUACUGCGUGAAACCGAGAAUCGAUUUUAUUUAGCGGAACAAAAAGCAGAAUUAGCUUGUCAAAAAGCUAAACAAUUAUCUAUUGAAACAGCAGCUGUAAAAAAUCUCCCACAUUUGGCAAAUCAUUCUGUACAUGCUGAUGAACUUAAUGAUAUAAUUUUAGAUUCUCACUUACAUCAUAAUAAUGGUUUACACUUAGUUGAUAAUCAAAAAAAUGGAUGCAAAUCAAUUUUACAUCAACUUCACAGUCGUAAUCCUUCAUCUGUAAAGUUGCUAGUGGAAGACAACACAUUUCCAAAUUCAGGUCUUAGUAACUACAAAUUAUCGGCCUCAAAUCGAUCGUCUAUGAAUUUUACGCCAUCCUCUCUCAUCGAUAAAUUAGGGAACGUAAGGCGAACUACGGAGAAUUCAUCAGAUCCUGGUAAGUUGAUAGCAGUUGACUGAGAUCAUAAACCACCCCGAAUCAACCUUUGAGAACCAAGACGUCACUGAAGAGUCCCAUUCGAGGACGAAAGAGCUGUGUCCAGGGCUUUUUAGUUUUCGAUGAUUAUCUAAUUUAGGUCGGUUCGUGAACACGAUAACAUUCAACAAUCACAACAAACCUCUAUACUGGUAGAUAUUAGUUAAGUUUACUAUUUUUUGUAACGGUAAUUUUUGUUAUCAUUGUUGUUCUGAUUUAGGAACCUUAAGAGAAAUUAUACCGAUUUUUAAAGGUUCGAAAGUUAGUAGUAGUAGGGUGAAGAGACGACUUUCAUUUUAGAAUAAUACAUAUAAGUAAACAAUGCUAUUCUCAAUUUUACCUUUAUCAAGCUUUAAUAAUGUCUUUUCAUGUUCAUAUGAAAAGGAAUGAAUCAAUAGAAGCAGUUUUUAAGUCAAUGAUAACAGUGAAACAGGUUCACUGGUAGUAAUAAGCAUGAAAAAAUUUAAAUAAACAUAUCAAUAUGGGAAUUCGGUCAAAGCCUGAGAAAAUAAAUUUAUUAAAAUGACAAUCAUUCAAUUUUACACAAUAAGAGGGUGUGUGAAGAAUCAUUUCAAAUAUACAAAUACUGAAAAAGAGACACCAAAAGAAUGAACGGAUAAAAAACAUGCAACAAAUAAGUGAGAAGAAUAAGUGUAACCUUUUAUUAAGUCACCCUUUAAACCACGUUUUCAGAAUCCAAUGAUCUGCAUUUCCAAAUUCAUAUUAUAGCAUUGCGAUCAUCUAAUUUGGUUGUUUAUAUUUGACCUACUCUCGACAUGGUAUAUGUGUUUUAAAUUAUGAAUGUGUAAACAAAUCCCAUGUUUGUUAGAUUAUUCGUAAUCUGAACAAUUAUCAUAAAGUGUUAAUAAAUUGUUGUUAUUGAAAUUAAGAAACGUUGGCAACAUUUUAUCAUUGAAGUGAGCUAAAUAUAUAGUAUUUCAUGAGAACUAAAUUUAUUGAUUUAUCCUUCUUAUAAUGAACUUGUCUUUGGAUAAUAAUUAGUUAAUUAUUGUUUUGUCAAUAUAUGUGAUCAGUUCAUGUAUGUUUUAAAAAGAGUUUGUUCAACUUCGAGAUAAGUUUCAAUCAUAAUGUACUUCAAUGACAGUGGGAUUUAUCAUGUAUUACAAAUCGAAAUGAAUUCCAGGAUCUAAGUCAUUGAUCUAGAUUAUUGUACUUUGUGGGUUGUUAUAUUCUAUCCUACAUAACCGAUUGACUUAAUAAAGCACUGAUUUGCAAUAAAACAUUAAAAGCUGAAGGUCAUAGUUAAUCACUACCAAGUAUGCUUUUAAUAUUUUAUUAGAUUCUGUGUGAAGAUGUGUGUAUAAAGCUCCAAGUUAAGAUGAAAUUUAUUUAUUGACUUUUAAUUCCCGAUGUUUAUUCAAGGGGUACCAUUUUCUAAUGGAAUUUACCUUACAAGUUGUUUUUAAAUUAUAACUUUGUCUCAUUUUAAUUGUGUUUAUAUAAAUUAGAAUUGAUUCAUUAAAAUUAUUCUUUUUUCUUUCUUUUUUGAAUUUUUCAUUUUUUAAAAGUUGGUGAUUUAGAAACUUUAAUCCGUCAGGUUACAAAUAAAUUAGAUCAACAAGAGAAAAGUUGAUAUACAUCUUAGUUUUAUAUAGUUUAACCAUAUUUACUUUCAUUGAUAUGAUUUAGUGUUAUAAUGAGUACAAUUACUUUAUGAUGAUACUAGUUUACAAAAUGCUUUUGUUACUUUUCAUAACAAAAACGAAACGUUGAAUUACAAUACUAUACAUGUUUCUUAUGAAUCGAAGCAACAAAAUACGAUUUUUCUCUUGAAUGCUUCGUGUUCUACUGGGUUGCAAAUAUUUCAGAUGAUAAAAUUAGUUGUAAUUUCCGUGUAUGUAUGAUACAAUAAUUCAUUUGAAUGUAAACGGCUAUUGAAAAAUUUAUUAAUAAUAAAUUCUAGGCAAGU